AUGACUUUCGCUCGCUCACUUAAUGCGCUGGUGCGCUCGUCAAGGAUAGCUGCACAGUCCUCGACACAUGUGAACCCAGUCAACAGUGUCUUUGGCCAGAAUAGAAUAUUAGCAAGGAACUAUGCUGCUCAGUUCCAGAGAACGAAGCCACACGUGAACAUCGGUACAAUUGGCCACGUCGAUCACGGAAAGACUACACUCACAGCUGCCAUCACCAAGCGACAAGCAGAAAAGGGCUACGCAAAGUUUUUGGAGUAUGGCGCAAUCGAUAAAGCUCCGGAAGAGCGAAAGCGAGGUAUCACCAUUUCCACAGCACACAUCGAAUACGAGACCGACAACAGACAUUACUCCCAUGUUGAUUGCCCAGGUCACGCCGAUUAUAUCAAGAACAUGAUUACUGGUGCUGCCAGUAUGGAUGGUGCUGUGGUAGUCGUCGCAGCAGGAGAUGGUCAGAUGCCCCAAACAAGAGAACAUUUGCUGCUAGCCCGACAGGUUGGUGUACAGAAAAUCGUUGUCUUCGUCAACAAAGUUGAUACUAUCGAAGACCAAGAAAUGUUGGAGCUCGUCGAGAUGGAGAUGAGAGAGCUGCUCUCCCAUUACGGUUUCGAGGGCGAUGAUACUCCUAUUAUUUUCGGUUCUGCCUUGAUGGCUCUCGAAGGCAAAAGGAGCGAGAUUGGUGUGGAAAAGAUCGACGAACUGCUCAAGUCGGUGGACGAGUGGAUCCCUACACCAGAACGUGACCUUGACAAGCCUUUCCUGAUGUCUAUCGAAGAAACUUUCUCGAUUUCGGGUCGUGGUACUGUCUGCUCCGGUCGUGUUGAGCGAGGUGUUCUGAAGAGAGAUUCCGAGGUUGAGAUUGUUGGUCGAACCAAAACUCCCAUCAAGACUAAGGUCACCGAUAUCGAGACCUUCAAGAAGUCGUGUGAAGAAUCUCGAGCUGGUGACAACUCGGGUCUGUUACUGCGAGGUGUCAAGAAAGACGACGUCAAGCGUGGCAUGGUUAUCGCCAUUCCAGGAACCGUCAAGCCACACACUCAAUUCAUGGUCUCCAUGUAUGUCUUGACCGAAGAGGAAGGUGGUCGAAAAUCUGGAUUUGGUCAGAACUACCGACCAGUCAUUUUCUUGAAGACUGCUGAUGAGGCUGCCUCGCUGGCUUGGCCCGAAGGAGUAGAAGAUACUGGCAAGAUGGUUAUGCCAGGUGACAACGUCGAAAUGGUCAUUACUACGCAUCACCCUGUUGCUGCUGAAGCUGGUCAGAGAUUCAACAUCCGAGAAGGUGGUCGUACCGUUGCUACCGGUUUGAUCACACGUAUCAUGAAGUAA